UUACGUUUCAGUGUCACCUGGCCACCGCACCGGCACCGGCACCCGACGACUACGACGACGACGACGACUAUUAGACUGUUCGUAUACGCGGUACACGACAUACACGCGCCGCGAAAUUAAUAUUAAAAAAAAAUAAUAAAAAGGAGGAAAAAAAUUACGCCGCAGCAGCACGCACGCGGGAUAUACACUACUCGUCGCUCCGCCACCACCGCCGCCGCCGUCGCAGUCGCAAUCGCCGUCACCGUGGUUGUCCGCUGUCGUCCGUCGUCCGUACAGCACUGCACGCGCGCGCGCCCGGCAAGCACACGCGGUCCGACCGACCCCUCUGCCCACCGCCGGACCGACUUACGCAUCACGCGGGGGAGAGAAAAUUUUUUUUGAUAAUUUUCUCGAGAGAUUUUCCUCGAUUUUUUUCUACGCUCCGCCGUGCGACGCGAUUUUUGUUGUUCGAUUUUUUAUUUUAUUUUUUUUUUUUUGGUUUUUUAUCGUGUCAUUUGCUCAAGUAUAAUAAUAUUAUAUAGUAUAUAUAUUACAGUGUUUUUUUUUAAUUCGCAUCGCCGAACACGCGCCCGCGACAUGCCAACGCCGCGUACCGUGAGUUGUGCCGUUCGCCCCUCGUCGACCGUUUCGCGAUUUUUGCGGAUUUUCGCCGAUUCUUAGUUUUGUAUACUUAAAAAAAUAAAAAUUUUGUGUUUUCCGAGUGAAUGAGUGAGUGACGCGCUCGUUAAAACACCAGUAUCUACGCACCUGUAUAUAUUAAUUUUGACAUUUACGAACGGAUUUUUUUUAGUAAUAUUUAUUUGUUGUUAUUUAUUUUAAUUUUUUCGUUUUUUUUUGCGGUAAAACCGUAUAAAAAUUUCACUGUUAAAAUUCUCACUGUUUGUGCAAGUGUCGUGGACGCAGGAAGUGUACGUGAUCGUACACCACGAUCGGCUGUAACUGUUGAAUGGUGACAAUGGCCGAUACGGGAUUGUUGGCUGCACCGGCGGCGGCGGCAGCCCGGCACAGCAAAGUGCAAACGCCGCCGCUGGGCGUGUUCUCGUCGGCCGAGGACACGGAUUCGGAGGCGGAAGCCGACCGGACCCGCGACGAGGAAGACGACGACGACGACCACCAGCAGCAACACAACCACCGUCUCCACAACCAGCAGCAGCAGCGCCAGCACCAGCAACAGCAACACCGCCGCCGACAGCGUCAGCUGCAGCAGCAGCAACAGCAACAGCAGCCGGUGUGCCUGGCGGCCCGGUCCAACGCGUCCGCCGCCGCCGUCAUCAGUCACAACAUCAACAACAACAACAACAACAUCAACAACAAUCACAGCAGCACGCGGAACAAGCGGAAAAACUUUCAGCCGCGCAACAUCAGCUACACGCAGGACGCGGCCGAGGACGGCGGCGACGGGGGCGCCGGCGGUGACUCGGCCGCGGCCGGCGGCGACUCCUCGACCGCGGCCGCGGUGCUCGACCUGAGCGCGUGCACCGGAUCUACCGUGGCCAAGCGGCCGCGCGUCGACGACGGUUCGGCGCCGAUGGACCUCACGUGCGCCGUGCCGCAGCCGGCCAAUCAGCUUCCGCCGGCGGCGGGAGCGGUGCCGGCCGACAAGCGCCCGUCCACCGUCGCCGCGGCGGCCGCGGUCGCCGCCCACGGAGUUCAGCACCUGCUGGCGGCCGCGGCCGCGGCGGCUGGCCACCACGGGCACCAUCAGCCGCACGACGCCACUGACUUGAAGGAGUACGCUCAGAACACGGUCCGCGAGCUGCUGGAAAUCUACGGGCUCAACACGGACGUGGCAGACGCCAUCACCAACAACGUGCCGAUGGUCAACUUCUCUACCGGUCGUAUAUUGGAAUCAUUGGCUGCCAGAGGCGUGGGUCUGUACCCAGCUCUGGGUCUGCCGUUGCUCGCGGCCCAACACCAAAAACCGGCUAGCGUCUCGUCUGCUAGUCCGCGGUCCAGCCCGGCAAAUUCGGCUCCGUCUUCGCCUACACAAAAGCACGUCUCACCGUCUGUCAUCGUACCCUUGCCUCCGACACACAGGGACACAGCCAGUACCACAGCUGCGAUGACGUCACUAGGCAUUCAGACCCUGUCGCCGCACUCGGCAGUCACCGCUCCGCUCACGGUGCCGACACCGACCUACGCCAAUGCCCAAGAUAACGGAAUAUCAAAACGAUCCCUGAGUCCGUUGGCGCUGACGACUUCUAGAACUGAAUCUCAGACGACCGGAGUUUCCUCGAUCGCUUCGGCCCUCAAUAACGUCACCAUGGUGUUACAAGGGGCAUCGUCAAACAUUGGCGGCAGUGGUGGAGGUAGUGGGUGCUCAACACCGACCAGUGGCGAUUACUCGCGUUACGUGAGGAGGUUCAGUAGCUGUCAAGAAUGUGGAUCAGCCCGGUGUAGAGAUUUGAAUUACAGAGAGCACUUCCAUUGUCUCGACUGCAACUCAAGAGUGUUCGUCAAGAAAGAAGAAAUGAUCAGACACUUCAAAUGGCACAAAAAGAGGGACGAGAGCUUGCAACACGGUUUCAUGAGAUACUCGCCAAGCGACGACUGUUCGGACAGAUAUCAGGGAUGCAGUCACAACCGCAAGCAAACACAUUAUCAUUGCAUUCAAGGUACCUGUGAUAAAGUCUAUAUAAGUACGUCCGACGUACAGAUGCACGCAAACUAUCACAGAAAAGAUUCAGCCAUAAUACAAGAAGGGUUCCAAAGACUUAGAGCCACGGAAGAAUGUCGAACACCGUACUGCGCGUUCUACGGUCAGAGAACUACACAUUUUCACUGCAGACGUGAUCACUGUCAGUUUACGUUCAAAAACAAAGCUGACAUGGAAAAACAUAAGACCUAUCACAUCAAAGACGAACAAUUGGCGAGAGACGGUUUCAAAAAGUUCAUGAAACCGGAUCCCUGUGGAUUUUCCAACUGUCGGUUCUCGCAGGUGUGCAAUCACAUCCACUGCGUGCGGGACGGAUGCAAUUACGUUCUGCACUCCAGCGGACAGCUGCUGAGUCACAAGCGGAAGCACGAGCGCAAAGACAGCGAAAUCGCGUACCGAAAGUUCAAGCUGGCCCAGCAGGCCGUGAUGAACAUGGCCGGAAGUGGCGGCGGUGCCGGCGUCGUCGGCGGCGUAGUGGUCGGCGGCGGCGUUGGCGUCGGCAACCCGCCGGAACAGGUCAGCGACGACGAAUGGGUGCCGUGGGACGGGAGGCGCGUGUCCCACGGUGCGGGGGCCGCGGGCGAUUCGCAAAUGAACGAGUUGUCGAUAUCGCCCAGCAGCUCGCUGCAGUUCCUCCACCAGCAGGCCAACUCGCUGGCCUCGCUGUCCGCGCUCGCCGCGCAGGCCGGCGACGCGGCCAGCUACAGCAACAGCUCGAGUGACGGCGGCGGCGGUCCCAUGUCGCCGCUGUCCUCCACGCCGCGGGCCCAGUCCAAGAUGAGCGGUGGCCACGGGUUCUUCACCGACAACUCGUCUACCGGCGUCGCGGACGGCGGGUCGCCCGAAGACGUGGAGAUGUGGCCCAGAUACCUGACCCGGUUCAAACCAAACACGUGCACCGGCGGUUCUGGUUGCGCCAUGUCCGACAUCGACCAUUUCCACUGCAAAGAGCCCAACUGCGAAUCGCCCGUCAAGACUCAAGACACUGCCGAAACGCACGCUCGCAAUCACGACAACCAAGAACGGAUCAAUGAGAGUUUUUACCCGGGCGGGCCGGUCUACUGUCAGGACACGUGCCCCAAGGACCAACAUUUCCAUUGCGUUUUGGAAGGAUGUUACGAGGCUGUACUGCCGUCCGAACGCGGUGAGCACAUCAAAAGCCACGAAAUCCCGUACGGUCAAUACAAUUCGUUAGACGCUCUGUUCAGGAGAAAACGAGGUCGACCGCCAAAGAACCGAGUGAUCGAAGUGUGGAACGACUACGCGGGAGGGUCCACCGGCGAUUCCCCGCAGGCCAUAUUCACUAGUUUCAAAUUGCCCAAGCCCUCGCAAUCGUCGGGACAGUCGCAACAGUCGGAAGAUGCGGAAGUGCCCACCCAGACCACUCUGGAACAACACUGUUUCGAAGAAUAUCGUUACGGUUGUCCGGACAAUCUCUGUAAGUACACCAGCGAAGGCGUCGCGUUGCACUAUCACUGUCGUCGGCCCCGAUGCUUUUUUGCCACAGACAACGACGAAGAGUUACAAGCGCAUUCCACGCAUUUUCAUGACAACGUCACCAUCAUGGAGGGAUUUUUGUUCUUCGACCGAUCGGUGGAUUGCCGCCUAGAGACGUGCCCUAACAAUACGAUCAACAAGCAUUUUCAUUGCGUGAGAGCUGGAUGCGGUUACUCGUUCACCAGAUACACUCAGAUGGCUCAACAUUUAUUACAGCAUCAGGCAACUGCUGGUUUGCAGAUUUCUGAGAAAUUAGAAACUCAAAUCAAAGAAGAGGUCAAAGAAGAGGUCAAAGAAGAGAUCUUGUCACCAGCGAGGCCCCAAGCUACUCCUUCGCCGUCUGAUUCGGCUACGAGCCAACGAUCGACAACGGUGGUGAAGGCUUCGGGCACUUUCUACCCUAUGAGCGGCCUAUCGAACGCUAAGAGUUCCUCUCCAAACUUUUCAGACCCUGCAACCCUGACAGAAAAAACAAAAACAGAUUCCAGUUUGAGUAUCGAACCGGUCGUGACUAUUCAGGUUUUACCAGAGUGGAUGAGUUUAGAACGACACGAGAAGUACGGACCAGAACAACCCUGCAGUCGCGCUUUCUGCAAGCUCAAACGAAAAGAACAUUAUCACUGUAACGCGUGCAAUCAGGCUUUCUCGGAAUUGGACAAACUCAAGCCGCACAUCAUCAAACACACUCCGGGCGCCUUACCUACGUUUAUGCAAAAAACCGAGAACAACAAUAACAACAACAACGAUGACACCGAAGAGAUCGCACAGCAUCCACCCGCACUGACAAUGAUGCCGAUCUCGAACGACAGCAACUCAUCGGCCGCCGGUAUGCCGCACUCUCCGUAUCCGCCGGGAUUCGGUGCAGCCAUGGCAGCCGCUAUGGCAAACCAACAGUUCGCGUCUCUAAUGACGUCCCAAGGGUUGCCUUUCAUGCCGCACGCCAUCCAAGCCAUGUACUCGUCACCGACAAGUCUGAUGUUCGCGCCACCGCCCGGCUUCAAUCACCACCAGUCCUUGUUGGCGGCGGCCGGCCACAACGGGCUACUGAACCACCACCGGGCCGGCGAGGCGGCCGGCGGCAGCGACGGUACGGCCGCCGCGGCGCCGCACCACCACGUCAAUCUGCCGGUGUCGCCGUCGCGGGACAUGAGCCCGGAAAUGAGGAAGGCCCGUGUCCAGAACUCGAUGCGCAUCCUCAAGGACGAACCGGUUCCCGAGGGAUACCUGCGAUUCAGGUUCAACGAGGACUGUCAUUACGCUCAUUGCGGCUACAGGGAACACCAGACGCACUUCCACUGCAUGCGACAGGACUGCGGUUACAGUUUUUGCGACAAGACCAGAUUCGUGCAGCACACGGCUAGACACGAGAGACUCGACACUCUGAUGGGAGGCGACUUCCAGCAGUACAGGGCCAACGUGUCGUGCGGACGAGCCGAGUGCACUUACAUCUCUGCCAUAAGUACCGGCCAGAACAAGGCGUCGCACUUCCACUGUCUCAAGUGCGAGUUCGUGUGCACGGACACCAACAAGGUGGUGGCUCACCGGCGCCAGCACCAGAAGCUCGACUCCAUCAUGGCCGCGGGCUUCGAGAAGUUCACGCCGGCGCAGGCCUGCGGUCAGCCCGGCGGUUGCGUGCACUCGGGCAAGCAGACGCACUACCACUGCUUGAGCUGCCAGUACGCCGUCCUGGGACUGUCCCAGAUGACGGCCCACAAGUACCGGCACAUGGAGUGAUCACGCGCGCAGAUCUUCUGCCGGCCACGUCUCUCUCGCCGACGCUCGGCAGCGAUGUCUAUAUCACGUGUAUAUAUCAGUUCCUAUAUAUAGACAUAUGAUAAUAUGAUAUAUUUAAUGUACGCGUGUUCGAUGUCGAUAUGUAGCGAUGUAAAAGCGUACAUAUCGCGCAAACGACGGACGCGGCGAUAAAAAAUUCGUUGUUAAAAAAAAAAAAAGAAAAUAUUGUUAUGAUAUAUAUAAUAUAUAAAUAGUAAUCGAAUUUUUUAGUAUAUUUUCGCGAUGUAUAUAUAUGAUUUUUUUUUUCGUUUUUUUUUUUUUUUGUUCUAUAAUAGCGUUUUGUUUAUAUUUUGUAUACACACACACACAUACACAGGGUGUACCUAUGUAUAUAUAUACACACGCGCUCGCGGUACAGUGUCGAUAUAUAAUUUUAAGUAUAUAUUAUUAUUACCUAUAUUGUUGUAAAUAUUAUAUAUAUAUAUAUAUAAGUAGAGAGAGAGAGAGAGAAAGGGGAAAAAAUAUUUAAAAUAAUAUUAUAUAAUUUAUUAUGUAUAUCGUACCAUAUUAUAUUUAACUAUAGUAUUGCCUAUUACAAUAUUACGAGUAAUAUUGUGUACGCCGUACAGGUAUGAUAUUAUCAUCGUUUUUUUUUUUUUUGAUUGUAUAAACGCUCAAUCGUAUUUGAAAACUAUAUAUAUAUAUUUUAUAGUUAAGUCGACGACAGUAGGUACGUCUUUUUGUAUAGAGGUGACCGCCACUCUCUUACCCCAUCCCUCACACCGCACAUAAACACACGCGCGCACGCUCCCACCCCCAAAGACUCUGACUCUGACCGCGGUAUACGUCCGUCGCGAGCGAUCAAGUCGUACGGGCGUAGGGAGGUUUAACGUCACGACGACGUAUGACACCCCUAAGCGCGGUCCCACAGCAUGUACCCGCGAGUUAUUAUAUAUAUUAUAUAAAGUUAUAUAAAUACAUUUUUUUUUUUUUUUUGAGUCGAUCACUAUCUUUAUUAUUAUUAUUAUUAUAUUUUUUUUCUAAAACUAGUCUCGCUUAUUAUUUCUAUUAUUAUUAUUAUUAUUAUUAUUAUUUUAUUAUUAUUAAUCAACUUCAAACAGACCAAGUUCUCGUUUUGUAAUAUUAUUUUUAUGUACAUAUUAUUAUAUUUUAAUAUACACUUACCUAUUAAUAUUAAAUUUUGAAUCGUGUAACUUAUUUUUGGAAACGGUUCCUCCCACCUCGUUUGGCGGUUUCAUUAUUUUUUUUUUCUUUUGUGAUAUUGAUUUAUUAUUAUUAUUAUUUGUACAAACACCACUCUCCCCGACACAACCUCCCCCCCACGAAAAAUCGGUGUAAAUAAAAUAUUUUAAUAUACACACCUAUUAUUUAUAUAUAUAUAUAGAUUUAUAGCUAAUAGGUAAUUGAAGUGAAUUACAACGUGUACAAGCGUGUGUGCGCGGGGCGGGCAAACAAAAUAUAUACGGCGUACGAGUGAUCUACAUAUUAUUAUAUAGGUAGUAAAAUUAUAAAACAUUCGUAAUUUAUUAUAAUAUUCAUAUAAUAUUACGUCUUACGUUAUUAUAAUAUUAUCGAUCGAAUAACGCCAUUUCAUAGAGAUCUUAUUGUAUCGUAAUAUUGAGUAUAAUAUAGUGCCUUGCUUUAAUAACAAAAUUACAAUAAUAAUGAUAUGACGUUUGGUGUAUUAUAUUUUAUCAUUGCGUAUUGGGUUUUCUUUAGAUCUAACUAAUAUUACCUAUCAGUAUCAUCGUCGUAAUAAUAGAGUGUAAUGUAGCAGGGGGGUUUCACAUACACGAACGCGUAAAAUCGUCUCCUUUGGUCUUGGGGGUGGUUGAUAAUAUUAUUGCAAGCGCGGAAGUCCGUCGCCGAAAACCGCGUGUGCGCAGAGCGAUGUUAUCGUUGACGCACCGACACUAAGAAUUUUACCCGCGUCUCGUGUCGUCGAUUUGUUUCCGGUGUACUACUACACCCCCACGGCCAUACUUACCUUCAAUACGUAGGUUAGGUGUACCUACGUAAACACUCGCGGUUGAAGCUGACUAGCACGCGCCACAUUACCUACGAAGUGUUCCACAGCCCCUCUCGAAAAAUGUCUCGUAUUAAAUUAAUUUUUUAAACGGUCGGUGACCUCCCUAUUCCCGCCAUGUCAGCACCGUCCCGAUCGUCCGCCGAAAAAUGCACAGCUGGGGGACGAUCGCUGUGGAUUUCAUCGGAGGGAAUACAAAUUUUAAACGACGAGAGCGUGAAAAAAAACGGAUGAAAUUAAAUAAAAAAAAAAAAAAAAACAAUAA